AUGAGUACGAAUAAUGGACAGGAAUCAAAAGUGGAAAAUGUUCAAACUGAUAAUAAUAUCAAACUAGAAACAAAUCCACAGCCACUUGAAAAACCAAAGAAAAGAAAGAAGAAACUAGAAAUAGCUUGUGUUUAUUGUAGACGGUCACAUAUGAUUUGUGAUGAAUCAAGGCCUUGUCAAAGAUGUAUUAAAAGAGGUAUUGGCCAUUUAUGUUACGAUGAACCAUCAAAUUCAAGACAACGUAAAAAGGCAGAAGCAUUAAGAAAAACUCAAAGUGAAGGACCAAGUCAAGAUAAAGGUGUGUCUCCUAAUACACCAUUACCAUUACCACCAUUACAAUCAUCACAACUGGAAAUUGGACCUCAUAUAACAGAUCAACAAUAUCAAAAACAACAAUUUCAAGUUCCACAAACUAGAAAUAUAAAAAAUUCAGUACUAUCGCAAACUUUACCUUAUAAUCAAGAACCAUUCUUCUUCUCAGAACAUGCUGGUAGUGAAUUUAGUUCAUUAAAUGAUUUUUUAUCCAUGAUUGAUGAUCCAGAAUUAGUUCAUGGUGCAUUAAAUGAUGAUCCAAAUAGCAUUUUGUUUGGAGUUAAUAAUCAAAUGAAUAAUUUUGUUGGGGGAGGGAAUAGUAAUACGAAUUUGAAUAAUGUUUUAGCCUUUUCACCAAAUGCUAAUUUAUUUCAAUCAACUUUCAAUGAAAAUGAUUUUCAAGUACAACAACAAGUUCAACAACCCCAACAACCUCAACAACCUCAACAAUUGCCUCCUCCAAAAGACCCUCAAUCACCAAAAUUAGAUCAAAAUCAACAACCUAUAAUAUCGGACUCGGCAAGAGACAAAUUUUUUUUAACUGCAGCUGAUCCCACUACUGAAAUAUCGCCAGAAGAAAGAUUGAAACAAGUUAUUAAAGCUAAAUUAGAGGCUGGAUUAUUACAACCUUACAAUUAUGCAAAAGGUUAUGCAAGAUUACAAAGUUAUAUGGAUAAUUAUAUGAAUAUAUCAAGUAGACAAAGAAUUUUAAAACCAUUGUCAAUUUUCCGUCCAGCUUUUAGAGCUAUUGCAAGAACAUUGAAAGACGUUGAUUUAGUUUUAGUUGAAGAAAGUUUUGAAAGAAUGUUGUUGGAUUAUGAUCGUGUUUUCACUUCAAUGGCUAUACCUGCAUGUUUAUGGAGACGUACAGGUGAAAUUUACAGAGGUAAUAAAGAAUUUGCUUCAUUAGUUGGUGUAACUACUGAUGAUUUAAAAGAUGGUAAAUUGGCAAUAUAUGAAUUAAUGAGUGAAGAAAGUGCGGUUAAUUUUUGGGAAAAAUACGGUGCAAUUGCAUUUGAUAAAGGUCAAAAAGCAGUUUUGACAAGUUGUAAUUUGAGAACAAGAGAUGGUAUAAAAAGAAAAAGUUGUUGUUUCAGUUUCACAAUUAGAAGAGAUAGGUAUAAUAUUCCAAGUUGUAUUGUUGGAAAUUUUAUACCAAUUGAUCCUUAA